GUCAAUUUUUUAUUAAGCACUGUCUGCGGAUCCGGUGGUUUGCGCAAAUCUAGAGCUAAUUGUAAGACUGACAGAGCUCCGCCUCCGACGACUUUUGUAAAUCCAGCUCCAAGAACUAAACACGGACAUUGGUACUUCGUAAUGUUAUUAUCCUGGUCCAUUUAAAAUCCAAAGAGAUACGUUAAAUGUUUUACUUUAAUAAAACAGUGAUUCUUACUAUUCGCGCACAAAUUUAAUUGAGUACUUUCCAGUUUUUGUGAAACUUCUGAAAACUGUUUAUCCACACAGCAAAAAACUACUGAGAACCAACAUGGGAACAGAAAAAAUUACAAGCACACAAAAAUAUGAAAUGAUAGCCCCUGACGGGGGAUAUGCCCAUAUGGUAAAUGUUGCUGCAAUGUUAAUGUUGACAUUUAGUGUAGUACCAGUAUCAUCUUUUGCAUUGAUAUUUGGACCAUUCGUAUCGCAGUUUCAUGACGAAACAAGUUCCGUCACUAUCGUGACGUCAGUAUAUGUGACGCUACUGAAUUUAACAGGUUUGCUAGCCAACUUCCUUCUUCAAAAACUAUCAUAUCGUAAAGUAGGUUUAAUUGGAGCUGUCCUUUAUGUUAUCGGAAGUUUAGCAUCAAUAUUCGUCACGGAUUUAACUUUCUUAACAAUAAGUUAUGGACUUUUACAAGAAUCAGUGAUGGAUUUGCAAAUGCGAUGGUUAUUUUAUCUUGAACCGGUAAUUAACAAUAUAAAAAUUCUGGACUGCACUGUUUUAAAAGAUGCCUGGUACUGGAACAUAUCCAUAGGUCUAGCCGUUAGCUUCAUUUCUGAAACAAAUUUUAUGGCAAUUUUUCCCGUUUCACUCACUCAAAUGGGCCUAGCAAGUAGCCAAGUGACCCUUAUGAUGACCAUAUAUUUCAUAUCCGAUUUAAUUUCGAGAGUUAUUUUCAGUGUUGUCACUUUAAUCUGGUCGUUCAGCGUUCGUCUAGUUUUUUUAAUAAAUAUCAUUUUGACAAUUAUUUUCAGACUAGUUUUCAUGUUUGAAUUACCAUUUUGGUUCCUAACUAUUCUAACCGGGAUCUUGGGUAUUUCCCGGUGCCUAAUCCAAGUCCUUGUUGUCAUGGUUAUUGCAGAAGAAUAUUCGAACGUGUUUACAAGCGCCUUUUCAUUUUACAUGGUCUUCAACGGAAUACUAAGUAUUCUUGUAGGAGCUUUGAUGGGAUCGAUGACUCAUCAUAGCCAUGUACUGUAUAUACAGACGUCCAUUCUCGUUUUGUGUGCUGUACCUUGGACAUGUCAGUAUAUUUAUAAUUAUAGGAAAACAGGAAGAAUAACACACAAUCACAAUAAAGCAUUUUGAG